CAAAGUUUCCAUUGUUUGCGUUGGCUCAGUCGAGCGCUGACACCGAGCCGGUACUGCGACGGUAGCGUAUAUAUCGAUAUACAUAACAUAAUAUAUACAGCAAAACGCGCGACCAGGACUUCCGAACGUAUACCCUCAGUUUUUAAUUGCCUUCCCUCAAACGUGCCUCAACGAUCUCAACACUUGAGAUCAACUUUUCAAAUUACUUGUCGAAAGUACUUGCCACGAUGAUGGACUCGGCAACGGAACGCGAUGAUACAUCGCCGAACAGCGAUAACUAUGGCGCGGACCCUUUUGAUCACAGACGUAAAUCGCAGUUCAAAGUAUCGAAUGGAUUUUGCCAUCUUGUCUCUGACAAUCCGAACCCCCAGUCUGACGCAUUUUGGAAUCACGCCCCGCAUUCUAGGCAGCAAGCGAAUUUAGCUUCUUCCGAAAACGAGUCGAAAAUUGAAGAACAAGACGAAGCUGUCGCUGACACGAUGGAGACCCUUCGCAACUAUUUAACUUUUGAAGCUUAUCCGAGAAAUCAGAAAACAAAAUUAGUUAAAAUUAUAUAUUACAUCGAGGACGAUUCAAUGAUGGUUUGCGAUGAAGCUGAUUCUGGAAAUAUUAUCGUCAAAAAACAGCGAGUGUUGAUGCCAUCCGGAGACGGUUUUUACAAAUUAGCCGAUUUCAACGUAUCCAGGAAUAUUGAAAUAAACCAGACAGUCUAUCACAUCUACAGCUGUGACGAUUUUACUCGCGAAUACCUCACGAAUCACGGGGUCAACGUGAAUGUUGCCGAAGAGCAAAUCAUUGAAGAUGAAAUUGGACAUAGGCAUAAGGAGAAAAAUUCUUCUUUGAUGACCGACCACCAGCAAAGAAUUCACGAUUAUGAAGACAAAACCCUUACCUUCGAUGCCAAGUGGGAAGAUAAAUUGUACAAAAUUCGAUAUUUCUUGAAUAAUCAUACUGUAUCGAUAGCCGCCGUCGGCAAGGGGGAACGAGGGUUACUGCUUCACAAGUCGAGAGUACCGAGGAAGGAAGUUGACAAACCCAAUGCGUAUUUUCAAAGUUCGGCCGGGGGAGAUCGAAGUUAUCUAUGUCCUACUGAUUUCAAGGUGGGAGAGACAGUUGAAAUUUUCAGUCGUCAGUUUUAUAUAUUUGAUUGCGACCAGUUUACUCAACGUUUUUACAAAGAUAUGAACAAUGUUGACCAACCACAAAGAAUCGAUCAAGAAGAUUAUGCUGAUUCACCCGGUCAACGCGAUGGCGAGGAUACCGUCAAAUUGACUCACUGUGAUGAAAAAGCUUUGGAUAGUCAACUAUACCAUUUUCCAAAAGUACUUCGCUACUCUUUAGUUAUGGACCACAAUAAUCCCGAGGGCCGCGAUCGUGAUUUCGUGCUUGAAUACAAUACGGCCGAUGGUUGUAUGCGAAUCAACGAAGUUGAUAAGAAAAAUUCUGGAAGAAGAGGUGGUUGUUUCUUGGGAUGGAACAAAGUUCCUAAACCUGAUGAUAAAGAACAUUUUUACGGGACGGAAGAUUUCCUGAUUGGGGAGAGAUUGAAUGUUUUUGGUCAUCAUUUUAUCAUAGCCGGCACGGAAAUGUUCGUUUGGAAUUAUAUGCGUUUCAACAAGGAGGCCUUCAGCGAUAAAGUAAGAGAAAACAUAAAAGCCUGGGCCGUAAACGAAGGCUUGAUCGACGAGCUAGUCGAUGAAAAGAUUUAUGAUACGAAUGAAUGAUGAAGGCAAAUUGUUACGAGUUCUUACAAGUUUUUUCUUCAAAUUAGACGCAAGUUGAUGGUAAACUAGAAGUAAGAAAACCAUACAUUUAAAAAUUUACUUUAAUAACUGCCAUUGCAGUUGUUCAUUUUAUGCACCAAGUAUAGAAAAUAAAUAAUGUGAAAAAAUCGAC